AUGGAGCAGCGCCCCCCAGAUCCAUCUGAGAAACUCGUAUCGAACCGGCAGACAAUUUCAGAUACCAGCGGCACACGCAAGCGCAAAAGCAGUGGAACGCCACGCGCGAGAAAAGCACCUGCAGCGUCCCCAAUGACCAGUUCGCGACACAAGGGCUCGUCGUCGCCGGACGAGAGUGACGCCAACUGGCUGGACGAUGAAGAUGCCCUCCAAGAGCUGUAUGAUCAUGUGGCUGAUGAGGAAGAAGAGGAGGAGGAGGAGGAGGUAGACGAAGAGGGCGUGGACCCCAUGAUGAUGGCCGAGCACCUGGGCCGCCUCUUUGGAGGCGGCCGAAUGAUGUCGAAGCGGUACCGUGAUUUUCUCGAGGCGCUUCAAAAUGCAGCGUACGACCCAGUCCGCCGCCUCGUCGUGCUGCAGGAUCUUGCCGAGCAGCUGAGCAUCGCCACCGAAGACGUAUUCCUCGGCGGCUUUCCGAUGCAUGGUCUGCUCGUCGAGCUCUUGUGGACGCUCGGCAGUGACGAGCCGCGCACGCAUCCCGUGCACGCUUCCGACGACAGCGGUGAUGCCGAGCUGUAUGCAUGCCGGUGUAUUACCUACAUUCUCGAGGCAGCGCCCCCUGUUGUGCCGCACGUCGCGUCGAUCGUGUGCCAGCAUGGCACGAUUCCGCUUCUGAUCACCAAGUUGCAGGAGAUCUCGUACAUUGAUCUGGCCGAACAGGUAUUGCAGACGUUUGAGAAGCUCUCCCACACGAAUGCUGCCGAGAUCGUCCGGGCAGGCGGCAUGCUGGCGAUGCUGCAGUACCUCGACUUUUUCGGAAUCCACGUACAGCGCACUGCGAUGGCGGCCGUAGCACACUGCGCUAAGGUGAGGCCCACGCAUACGCGGCAUGUAACAGAUGUGGUCCCGAUCGUGCGCCAGGUGCUCGGGUACUCUGACGCCCGUCUCGUUGAGUCGGCUUGUGAGUGUGUGUGCCACUGGCUGACCAACCUGCCGGACGAGGAUGCUCUGGACGAGUUUUUGCCCACAGUCUGUGCGCUCCUCGCCCGUGGUCUCGGCCAGGCGACGGAUGGUCUGCCGACUCUCGCGCCUGACACGUACGCCCGCCUCCUCCAGGCGCUCGCCCACGCAGCACGAGCACGAGUGAGUGCGGCACACCUGCUGUAUGAACAUCACCUUCUCGAGACCGUCCACACAUUUCUCUCAUCGUCCGUCAGCGAUGGCGUGCCGUCAGCCCUGGCCGUGCUGCGCGAUAUGCUUCCGCCCUUGCCGUGCACGGGCAUCUUUGAUGCCAAGAUGUAUACGGCCAAGGCAUACGAGCAGCAGUGCCGCCUCGCCGAGCGUGAGCACUGUGAGCUUGGUGCCCUGGAUGUGCCUUCGCGGCGGCUGAGCACGUCGUCGGAGCGCGAGCAACGGGCGAUUGAUGCAAGGGCUCAAACGCAGCGGACAUGGCCGUCGUUUUUCCAUCGGUACGCGGCUCAUCUGCUACCUGUUCUUUUGCGAGUGUACGCGGCGAGUCGCGCAUUACGCGCGACCCCCACGGUCCUUGAGAUCGUGCUGCGUACGCUAUGGCAUACAAGCACCGAGACAUUAGUGCCGGCUCUAGAGCAUGUCCCACUUGCGAGCUUCUUUGCUGGUGUGUUAACGUCGGGCGAUACAGAACAGGCGCUUCAGGGCGUCGAGCUGCUGGUGACGCGCCUAUCGUACCUUCCUUACCUCGUCCGCGAAGGUGUCGUGCAUCAAGUGACGCACCUCGCUGACGAGGGCGACAUACGAGCCAAGCUGGUGGGUGCGCGGUUGGCGGUGAUCCCUGACGACGCACACAUUCAGGCAGCCAGAGACAUCCCCAAGACGCUCCGAGCGAUAGCAUCGCGAAUCGAGGCUGCCAGCCACGCUGACGCUCUGCGCGAUGCUCUUGCAGCCCUCGUCGAAUGGAUUCCUCGGAUGACGGGCUUUGAAAUGCAGGUGUCGGGUGUGUUGGAUGCGCUACGCCAGCCUGGCCUGGUGUCGGGAGAGAGACGACAUGCACUGCGCGAUGUGCUGUUGCCUGUGCAUGCGCCGCUACUUUCGUGUCUCCAUGAUGUCGUGAGUCGAUCGGAGGAUGAGUGCGUUCUCUCAGCAGGUGGUGUCGAGUCGCUUAAAAAACGCGUGCAGCUUCGCCUGACGCCCGAUCCUGCGACAGCAGGUAAGCUCCCGGCCACUUUCCAUUCAUUGGUCGUCUCGGUCCACGCGGUCGUGCGGAUACAGUCACUGCACGACUUUUUGCGGCCGAAGAUGGAUUUCAUGCUUCGGAAACAGGGGCCAUGGCACCUCGUGCUUGAGGCCAAUGGGCGUCCGAUGCCACGCAGUGCCACCUUGUAUAAGUGCGUUGGGCUCCCUGACGACGCGUAUCCUGUGCAGUACCGCAUGGCAGAGCGGGAGGAAGAGGAGACGCCGGAGCCCCUUGAUGAAGACGUCCCGUCGUAUGCACCGGCGCUGGACCUGAUCCGCGAGUUGCACGAUCUGUGGGAGUCUGCCGUGCCCGAGGCCCUGUAUGUAAAUGGCCCCUUGUCGGCCAAGCUCGCCCAGCAACUGGACGAGCCUCUCGUGCUUGCAAGCGAAUGCCUGCCGACGUGGGCCCGAACGCUGCCGGUGCGAUAUCCAUGCAUCUUUCCCUUUGAGACACGGCUCAAGUACAUGCAGCACACGGCUCUGGACUUUGCGCGUCUCAUGCACCAGUACCGCCAUGUAUGUGCCCGCGACGACACGUUGAUGUUGCAUGCCAAUAUGCCCCGCCAAAAAGUGCGCAUCGCGCGCAACCAGCUGCUAGAAUCAGCCAUACGCGUUCUCGAGCUGUACGCCCAUACCCCGUCUCUGCUGGAGGUCGAGUACUUUGACGAGCCUGGCUCAGGUCUCGGCCCGACGCUCGAGUUUUACACGCUCGUGUCACAAGCUUUCCAAGCGAUGCCUGACUUGUGGCGCGGCGAGCCUUCUAUGCCGCUUUUUCCCAAGCCGUCGGGCGACGCAUCGCUGUUCCGGGUGCUGGGCCAGUUUGUUGCCAAGAGCAUCGUGGACCUGCGCAUGAUUGACGUGCCGUUCCACCCCCUUUUUUGGCGUGCCGUGCUUGGUCGCCGCGUGCCACACACGCUCGAGACUUUGGAAGCCCUGGAUGCUGUGCAGGCGCGCUCGUUGCGGGCGCUUCAGACUAUGCCAGCGGACGAGCUCGAGCGUUUAGAGCUGGAUGGAACGCUCCCUGGCACCGAGCGUGAGCUCGUGCAGGGUCCCCUUACGUCGGCGAAUAUCAAUGCCUACAUCCAGGCAGUUGUUGACGUAUCGCUGCAUGAUGGCAUAGCGCCGCAGCUGGAUGCCUUCCGUGCAGGCUUUGAGAGUGUGCUGUCCCUUGAUGCACUGCGUGUCUUUGCAUCGCAUGAGCUUUCGGCCCUGUUUGGCCAGGCCACGGAAGACUGGAGCGAGGCGACGCUGCUCCGCACGAUUGUGCCGGACCAUGGAUUCUCCAGCGAUAGUGAGCCAUUCCGCGCUCUGCUCAGCAUCCUGGUCGAGUUUGACGCCUCCGAGCGCCGCACAUUUUUACAGUGGCUGACCGGUGCGCCGCGUCUGCCAAUCGGCGGCUUUGCCGCCCUGCAGCCACCGUUCACGGUCGUUCGUCGACAACCAGAGCCGCCGCUCCAGCCGGACGACUACUUGCCGAGUGUGAUGACGUGUGUCAACUACCUCAAGCUGCCGUGCUACUCAAGCCGCGAUGUGAUGCGGCAGAAACUGUGCUUGGCCAUGCAUGAGGGACUCGCGAGCUUUUAUCUGUCAUAG